AUGGCCGCGACUGAGGAUAUGGUGGUGGCGGUAGGCACCGAGAUGGCGGCUCAGGCCAGCUACCAAGUCGAGGCCGAAGACGCAUUCGAUCCGAUCGACCGGCUUCAAACGGUCGGCGUGUCUGCGACCGACGUGAAAAAGCUUGUGGCCGGCGGGUAUGCAACAGUGCAGAGCGUGCUGAUGUCGACGAUGCGCGAUCUGUGCGAGGUCAAGGGUGUGUCCGAGGCCAAGGCGCUUAAGAUUGUGGAGGGCGCGGCGAUGCUGUGCGAAAAGGGGACGGCGUUUGUGAGCGGCAAAGCGGCGCUCGAGGCGCGGGAGCACGUCGUUCGCAUCUCGACGGGCUCGAGUGCGCUCGACACGCUGCUGGGCGGCGGAGUGGAGACCAUGUCGAUCACCGAGGCAUCGCGCACGCUCUGCGUCACCUCGCAGCUUCCACUCGAGGCCGGCGGCGGCGGCGGCAAGGUGCUGUACAUCGACACCGAAGGCACGUUCCGGCCGGGCCGCAUUGUGCAGAUCGCUGAACGGUACGGCCUCGAUUCCAACGACGUGCUGGAGAACAUCCUCACCGUCCGGGUCUACACCCACGAGCAGCAGUACAACAUGCUUGUCCGCGCGGCGGCGCUGAUGGCCGACGACGGCUGCAUUCGCAUGCUCAUCGUCGACUCGAUCACGGCCCUCUUUCGCGUUGACUACACCGGCCGCGGCCAGCUCGCCGAGCGGCAGCAGAAGCUCAACCAGAUGCUGGCACGGCUGACCAAGCUCGCCGACGAGUUCAACAUUGCCGUCUUCAUCACCAACCAGGUGGUGAGCGAUCCGGGCGGCGGCGCCAUGUUUGUCUCGGACCCCAAGAAGCCUGUCGGCGGGCAUGUCCUCGCCCACGCCUCCACCACUAGGCUCUCGCUUCGCAAAGGCCGCGGCAACCAGCGAGUGUGUAAGCUCUUCGACUCGCCGUGCCUUCCCGAUGCCGAGGCCGUGUACGAGAUCGGGCCAGGCGGCGUCUCCGACCCACUCGACUGA